AUGGGGAAGAGAAAGAGCAGUAGCUGGAGCAGGAGUAGGAAUAUGAGCAGGAGCAGAAGUAGGAGGAGGAGAAGGAGCAGUAGUAGUAGCAGGAGCAGGAGAAGAAGUAGUAGCAGUAGCAAGAGUAGGAAUAUGAGCAGUAGCAGAAGCAGGAGUAGCAGUAACAGUAACAGGAGUAGGAUUAGGAGCAGUAGCAGGAGCAGGAAAAGGAGGAAGAGAAGGAGCAGUAGCAGGAGCAGGAGUAUGAAUAUGAGCAGUAGCAGUAGUAGUAGCAGGAGCAGGAGCAGGAGACAGAGUAAGAACAGUCAUAGGAGUAUGGGUAGAAGUAGUAGUAGGAACAAGAGCAAUUAUAGUAGGAGCAGGAGCAGGAGCAUGCGUAGUAGUAGUAGUAGUAGUAGAAGUUGUAGUAAAUAUAAUCAUGAUAAUGGCGCAAGUGGUAGUUAUGCCCUCUAUAAGCAAGAUGUUUUCAAAAUCACCAAGGACUGGUACAUAAGACUUUUUAAAUUAGUAAACCCGCAUUACUGCUACCAAUUUUAUAACGUCGUAACAUAA